AUGCGUAGGAUUUUUUCAGAUUAUGCAACUUCUCGAAAGCUUGGUCCGAGCUAUCGUGCACUUCCUGAUUCAUACGAGAAGCCACUUUGCUCCGGACGUACACCACUGUGUGAUUCUGUUCUCAACGAUAGAUGGGUUUCGUUCCCAUCCUGGUCAUCCGAGGAGAGCUCCUGUGUACUUCCCAAGAAAACAGAAUUCGAAGAAUUCAUGUUCCGCACCGAUGAUGAGCGCUAUGAGCUGGACAUUAUCAUUGAAAUAAACAAGACAGUACUGGAUCUUCUACUAGCGGCAGAGGCCCGGAUGUCAAAUAUGACCAAAGAACAGUUAAGCAAGUUCCAGUUGAAUGAAGCUUUGAACGGUGAUUCACCAGCAACAGUGCGAAUGGCCUUAAAAAGAAUUUAUGGUGAACAUGCGCAUAAAAUGCUGGAAAGCCUUAUGCAAAAUCCACAAAUUUUGGUACCAAAAUUGAUCGAUCGAAUGCAAAAAAAGGACGAGGAAUGGCGUACGUUACGGGGAAAGUGUAACAAAGUUUGGCGUUGUGAAACUGAAAAAUAUUAUGCAAAAAGCCUCAGCCAACAGUCAUUCACAUUCAAACAGCGUGAUUACAAGAGGCUUCGACCCAGAAAUAUCAUCAGCCAAUACGAGAACUGGUACGAAGAACGUGCUGAUUCACUGGAAGAGGGUAUUGUGGAAAUUGGCCCGCACUGUAUUUUUACAUACCCAGAGGAUAUGAAUCUACUCUAUGAUGCCAGUGAUUUGAUGAUAUACUAUUUGAAACGACGGCCAAAUAUUCCGAGGGAUGAGAAGCGGGGCAUGGAGCAUUUUCUGAAGCAUUUCAUCCCAGAAAUGUUUAAUAUUCCGGAACAAAAAUUGAUCGACGAAGUAGUUAUUUCCGAAGACUACCCUUCUACUGCACCUGAAGCAGUCGUUGAGGGUCGACGAUCGAAGAGGAUUGCCAAAAGUGUGCCGUCAGACGGGAGCGCCGCAGAGCAAAGUGAUGAGCCACCGGAAAAAGACUUGAGCAGGUCAUGCUCAUAUCGUCUUUUUUACGGCACCAAUGCCUGGUGUGUCUUUAUCGAGCUUCAUCAUUUGUUAUGCUCACGUCUGGCAACACUGAAGAAGAAACAUCAGGAACUCAUUGCAAAUCAUGAGGUAGAAGAACGCUUACACUUGAAACGCCAGGAAAUCAUAGAACGUGCAUAUGCAGAGAGAGGAGCGGAUUUGACGAAAUCUGCAGGAAGGAUUUUCUCGCAGCAUCUGAAGCCGGAUAUUUCUACUCCCAAAAACUACUACACUCGUUUGAUCAAAGCGCUAAAACAACGUCUAGAUGGCACCGUUGACAAUGAUGCUUUCGAGGAGAUCGUUAGGUGA